AUGGCGUUUCUGCGUAACGGAGCCACUGCCGUUGAUGCCGUUGAAAUGGCUCUUAUGAUUCUCGAGGACAACCCCAUCACAAACGCGGGGUAUGGAAGCAACCUCAAUGCGAAAGGAACCGUCGAGUGUGAUGCCUCAAUUGUUGACCAUCGUGGACGCAGCGGUGCGGCUGGAUCCGUGGAAUGCGUCAAGAACCCAAUCAUGCUGGCUCGGAAGAUCUAUGACUGGUCCAACAGGGACUUGGGGAUGUCAAGGGUUCCCCCGAAUUUCCUCGUUGGAAAGGGAGCUCAAGACUUUGCAUGGCGUCACGGUGUUAUCCUGAUACCAUAUGAAGCGCUGAUCACACCUGUAACCUCACAACGAUACAAGCAGUGGGCAUCAGAAGUUCGAGAUUACGAACUUGCCAAUCCAACCGAAGAAGAUGCACGGUACUGGUGCCGUCGACCUCUGACCCCUGUGGACAAACGCAUUCAACGCUUCGAACAAAGGGAUCUUAUUGAGUACCCUGAACGUCACACUGACAGCAACAUGAUAACCUCAGACCCGGAAGAGGAACUGCGAUCCCUGAACAUGAGAACUUCACCUGCAGGUGGGAAGGGUCGCCCCGCAAACUCCCCGACUCGCCCAUCGAGGCAGAAGAAAGUCAAACUGAGUAGUGAAUCUACCACCAAGGAGUCUCCUUCUUCCUCGCGCGUGUCCCCCGAUGGAAGUCCCGAAAGGAGCCCCAUGGAUGAAAUGGAAGAAAGCCCCGCAAGCGAUGAGGCAGAGAGCUCUGUGGUUGACAGUGACGAUGACGGUGAUGAGGAAAAAGGUUGCGCAAGUGACAAUGAAGAAAGCCGUGCAAGUGACGAGGAACAAAGCUUCGCGAGUGACAAAGAAGGAAGCUUUGGAAGUGACAGGAACUGGGGGACUGAAGACCAUGGGGAUUCAAUCACUGAUACAAUCGGUGCAAUUGCAAUUGAUCGAUAUGGGAACAUUGCAGCUGGAUCUUCCUCUGGUGGCAUAGGUUUGAAGCAUCGCGGCCGUAUCGGACCUGCGGCUCUGAUCGGCAUUGGCACCCAUGUUGUGCCUGAAGAGUCCACUGAUCCAGAUGGGACUACAUGUGCAGUAGUCACAUCUGGGACCGGAGAGCUAAUUGCAGGAACCCUUGCGGCCAGUACCUGUGCCCAGAGAAUGUACUAUAGCCAAAAGAAGGGCUCUGAUGGCACAUUCACUCAUGUCAUGGAGGAGGAAGCGAUCAACGCAUGGAUGAAGAAGGAGUUCAACGAUUUCUCCUACCUGCUAGAACACCCCGUCGUGAUUGAAAGUAUCCUCUUUGGUUCAAUUGGAGUCAUGGUUGUAAAGAAGACCAACAGUGGCAUAGAACUCUAUUUUGCCCACAACACUGAUUCAUUUGCCCUUGCAUCCUUUGUCAGCACUGCGGCUAAACCAAGCUGUUUGAUGUCUCGCGGGAAACGUGGAACCAUCGCACAAGGGGGCUGCCGUAUCAGAUUUGGGACUAAUUGUAAGCAUUGUUUCCACCCGUGGACUUGGCUUAAAUGA